AUGGAGGGCAAUAACCCAAUUUAUCAGUGGCUUUCCACUGUGGAUGAACAGGACCAAAGUCGCCAUCAAGAUGGAGGCAUGUUGUUGUCGCAAGAACCACGAUGCUUCCGCGCUAACAGAGCUUUAGCUGAUAACCAGGAGCAAGUAAAGUGCACAGCUCUUGCAACAGCCAUACCACGAAUCCGCAUCCCACUUGAGAUAUCUGACAGCGUGCCUGGGAAUGGACAUUCAGCUAGCAGGAAAAGAGAUUCAGGUCACCUCAACGAAACCAAAUCAUCGCCCGCUCACGAGAUCAUACCAGGAAAUGAAAACCAAAAGACAUCUCGACAUAGUUACGAGCUAAGGCCCAGACACAAGACUCGCGAGGAUCGCUACGAGUACAAGGGCCCAUCAUCGGCUGUGGAUACCCAGUCGCAGUCUCGUAAAGGAAGAGGCAAGAAAUCCCGGGGCAGGAGGCACACCAUGAAUGAUGACUUCCAUGCCAUCAAUGUCACGGGAAAUAGAUUGACACUGCGCAGCAACACAAACCAGGGUAUAUUCAGCAAGGGACGAUCUUCUUCUGUAACGCAUCGCCAUGAAAAUUCCCCGUCAAUCGCUCUUGCAAAACCUGCAGCAACCAUCAAAUCUCAUAAUCUAGUCGCAGAAUCUGAUCUUGCCUUUUCUGAAAUGAACUUUCUGUCCCGGAGGAAUAAUAUCAGCCCGUAUCCCAUGUCGACUGCCAGAGACACUCUGGAUGGACAGCAUGAGAGAGAGUGGUAUCCACAAAAGCUCGGGUUUGAUCAUCCUGCACAUGACUCCAAACUUGACAUGUCUCACUCAAACAACGAGUUUCUUGAUGCAGAACGCCAACUUGACGCCUCGGUCACGCCGUUGACCACAUUUGAAGAGGCGCGCACCAGCGAGAUUUACCCAGUUUCCAGCCACUCUCGAAGUGUGUUCCCCAUGCCCGACAAUAAAAGAAGAAAGACAUCCAAACAAUCAUCGUCUAUUCCAUACACGUGGACUGAAACUGAGGCCGACAACACGGAACAAAGCGAUGCCCUUGAACAACACCUCCUGAGCCUGCUACAUGUCGGAGUAUAUCCUCAAGCGCUAUGCUCUGAGAUCACAAAUACUGUCUUGAUCAGACGGUAUUGGAGUUUGGCCGAAUUAUGGGAACUAUUGGAGGAGAGAAAGGCAGCAUGGUCAAACGAAGCCGGCAACAAAAAGCGAGCUUCUCCCGAAGCCAACAUUGGGCAGCUAACUGCAGCCAAAUCCGCUUCACAGGAGGUUCCCGAGAUCAUUGCACCAGGGCAUUUGGAUCUUGUCAAUGUCAGUGGGGUGCAAAAUGAAAUGUCCAAAGAAUCCUCGGAUUCGAACGUCGCGGGUGAAACGGCAUGCGGUGUGAACAACGGUCUACACCAACAACCUUCAAUUCUUGAGCAACAGCAAAGCGGACCACGUCAAGCUUCGGAUAAAUCGGGAUGUCUAAAUAUCCAGGCUGCCAGAACAUCAAACAGCCCAGAUCGCUUCAUAGAUACCUUGAAUGGACAUCAGUGUGAGACUUCCCCUCAGGAAUCGCCAGAGGAUGCAGUCCAUUUCCCCGCACCCGUACCAGAGGCCAAGCAGCCGCAUAUGUCUGACAUCGAAUUUUAUGAGCUGAGUCGAGUCGAUGAUGAUGAUGUGUUCUAUCGCACGCUGGAUGCCGCUUACUAUGCCAUCGUGCACCCUGAAGUUGCGGCUGAAGUUGCAUCGGACUUACAGAAGUUACUUGAAUCUCCCGAGCUAAAUUGCAAUGAGCUUCCGAAUAGUCCAGAGUCCGACAUUCCUACCCGACAGGUAGAGGCGGGAGAGCCAGACAAUUUGGCAACGGUCUCUCAAGACAUCACACAAGACCAGGGUGAUGAAAGGCCACCUGAGUCUUCUUUUCGACACAAACUACCCACAAGUCAUUCGAAUGAUGAUUGUGUUGAUCAGAACAAUGAUCUGCCAUGGUUGACUACUGGAUACGACCAGUCACAACCGCGCGCGUCAACUGAAAUCGAUGCGCGACAGACUCAGCCUGCAGAAUUAUCUGACUUCUGGCGACAGAACAAACUCUAUUGA